GGCUGGUGUCUGAUAGCCACCGGUCACGAGUACCGGGGAAACCCAGCGAGGCUCUCGAGGCGGUUCUGCUUCACUCUCGAAUCUCGCUGCUUGGAUACUUGAAGGGCCCCAUUUCACCGACUCCCCCUAAGUAGAGAAGCCUUGGUCGCAUCUUGUCUACCGCCCCAAGCCGCGCCUCAGCCGCAGCCCCCCACGUCACAGCUUCUCUGGCGCUCACCACUGGGGAAUCUUUAAUUGAGCCUUGUUUACUGCGUUGGCAGUGUUUCCAAACCCUCAACAACCAUGGCCGUCGUUCACAGGACCUCGAAUUCCUCGUCUGAUGGCGCAAAUGCAGAAUAUGGCAAGACAGAAUAUACUUCUACAGGCGGAGAGGUUCAAGACAUACACCUUGGUGCCGAUGGAGGAGCCGAAUAUGCCGAUCACAAGCAUCUGCACCGUGGGCUCAAGUCGCGUCACAUUACUAUGAUUGCUAUCGGUGGUGCUAUCGGAACUGGCCUCAUCAUCGGUACUGGAAAAGCACUCGCUCAAUCAGGACCCGGCUCUAUCUUGAUCUCCUACACCCUCACUGGCCUCCUCGUCUACGUCGUCAUGUGCGCCCUGGGCGAGAUGGCAGCAUGGAUCCCCGCCGGCCACGGUUUUGCAGGCUAUGCCACUCGCUUCUGUGACCCCGCUCUUGGUUUCGCCCUCGGAUGGACUUACUGGUUCAAAUAUAUCAUCAUCACACCGAAUCAGCUCACCGCCAGCGCCCUCAUUAUCCAGGAAUGGAAGAGUCCCAAGGACGUCAAUCCGGGCGUCUUCAUCGCCGUCUUCAUGGUUGCCAUCAUAUCCAUCAACUACUUCGGCGUCAAGUUCUUCGGAGAAAUCGAGUUCUGGCUAAGCAGUGUCAAGGUGGUUACCAUUGUUGGCGUGAUCCUGCUCUCGUUCCUUCUUGCUGUAGGAGCUGGACCUACCGAUGCCACGGGUUUCAAAUACUACAACAAUCCUGGCGGCUUCAAGGAGUAUAUCGACAAGGGAAGCACUGGUCGCUUCCUCGGAUUCUGGAGUUCCUUCAUCAACGCCGUCUUCGCCUAUCUCGGUACCGAACUCAUCGGUGUAACGGUCGGUGAGGCGCAGAACCCCAGGAAGACGAUUCCCCGAGCAAUCAAGCUCACCUUCUAUCGGAUCCUGUUCUUCUACUGCCUCAGCGUCUUCUUCCUGGGCAUGCUCGUGCCCUACAACGACGCCAAGCUUCUUGCCGCUAACAAGGCCGGUACCAAGGCGUCCGCUUCUCCCUUCGUUGUGGCCAUCAAGAACGCGAACAUCAAGCAUCUCCCCGGUAUCCUCAACGGCUGCAUCCUGCUCUUCACCUUCAGCGCGUCCAACUCGGAUCUCUACAUCGCUUCCCGUACGCUGUACGGACUGGCCACUCAGAGCCAUGCUCCCAAGAUCUUCGCCUGGACCGACAAGCGCGGUGUGCCCGUCCCCGCCUUGGCUCUCUCUGCAUGCUUCUGCUUGCUCGCCAUGAUGAAUGUUGCCGAGGACUCCACUGUCGUGUUCGGCUACUUCGUCAACCUCGUCUCCAUCUUCGGUCUGUUGACCUGGGUGUCGCUGCUUGUCACGCACAUCUACUUUAUCAAGGCUCGCCGAGCACAGGGAAUCACGGACGACAAGAUGCCGUAUGUGGCUCCUUUUGGCCUCAUCGGCUCGUACAUUGCCUUGUUCUUCUGCUGCUUGAUCUCCCUGACCAAGAACUUCGCCGUCUUCACUCGUAGUCCCAAGACAUACGGAAACUUUGACUACAAGAACUUCAUCACUGGCUAUCUGGGAAUUCCCCUAUAUCUUAUCAUGAUCUUCGGCUACAAAUUCUGGCACAAGACCAAGGGCGUCAAACCCCACGAAGCCGACUUCUACACCGGCAAAGACGAGAUCGACCGCGAGGAGGAGGCUUUCUUGGCACACAAGGCGGCCAUGGAAGGAGAGAAGAAGAAAGGAAGUUGGUUCUAUCGCACAUUUAUUGCGUGGCUGUUCUAGUGGUGCUUAUUUUCUUCUUUUUUGAGUCGGCAUUUGAGUGAUGGAGAGAUGGAUGACAAAGGUCGGAUAAGUAGAGGGUAUAUGCAUAGAGACGGUGCUAUGAGAUGAUGCCAUCUUUUCACAAUUCUGUUUGGAUGACCG